AUGGUUCAACAUUUUGUUCAAUUUGAUGGGUUGCAAGAUGAAGACUCCAAUGCUCACAUCGCUAAUUUUCUGGAGAUCUGUGAUACAUUCAAGAUAAAUGGAGCUACUGAUUAUGCAAUCCGCUUGAAGCUAUUUCCAUUCUCUCUCAGGAGCAGAGCAAAACAGUGGUUGAACUCUCUCCCGCGAGGAUCUAUCACUUCAUGGGAGGCCAUGGCAGAAAAGUUCUUAGCAAAAUAUUUCCUUCCCGCAAAAACUGCCAAGAUGCGGAAUGAUAUCUCUUCCUUCUACCAACUGGAGUCAGAGACUUUAUAUGAUACGUGGGAAAGGUUGAACCCAACCACAAGACAAAUGAUAGAUGCUGCAGCUAGGGGCACUUUGAAUAGCAAAACACCAAGGGCUGCACAAGAACUGUUUGAAGAAAUGGCAAUGAACAACUAUCAAUGGAGCUCCACUCGAUCUAAACCUGCAAAAUCUGCUGGGAUCUAUAGUCUUGAUGCAGUAACGUCCUUGGCAAAAUGUGAUAUUUGUGGAGGAGGCCACCCUAAUCAUGAGUGUCAAGCUACUGAAGAAGAGCAUGCCAAUGUGAUAGGAAAUAGACCACCUUACCAAAAUUAUAAUGGCAUAAAUAAUCCGGGCUGGAGGAAUUAUGCAAAUCCACCAUGGAACAACAACCAACAGCCAAUGCAGAACAACACACUCGUCAAGGCAGUAACAUUAAGGAGUGACAAAACAUUACAAGAGAAGGGGAAACAAGAAGUAGAGAAAGCUGCAGUUGAAGAGGAAGAUAAAGGUCAAGAGGAGACUGUGGAAGAACCUCCUGCUGUGAAAGAAUUCACACCUUCACUCCCCUACCCAGCAAGAUUGAAAAAGGACAAGGAUGAUGAACAAUUUGGUAAAUUUCUAUCCUUAUUUCGUCAGCUUCAUAUCAAUUUACCAUUUGUUGAUGCUUUAGCACAGAUGCCCAAAUACGCAAAAUUUCUGAAGAAUCUACUGUCCAACAAGAAGAAGCUGGAGGAGUUGGCCACGGUAACUCUAAUUGAAGAAUGUUCAGCAAUCUUGCAAAACAAGAUACCUGAAAAAUUGAAGAAUCUAGGGAGUUUUACUCUUCCUUGUCUCAUUGGUAGAUUGAUAGUUGAUAGGGCUUUAGCUGAUCUAGGUGCUAGCAUCAAUUUGAUGUCAUAUUCUGUUUUUAAGAAAUUAGGUUUGGGAGAACCUAGGCCAACUAGGAUGAGUAUUCAAUUAGCUGAUAGGUCAGUUAAAUAUCCUAGGAGUAUCAUUGAAGACGUGCUUGUAAAAAUAGACAAAUUUAUUUUUCCUGUUGAUUUUGUGAUUCUUGAUAUGGAUGAGGAUACUGAAGUCCCCUUGAUCUUAGGUCGUCCCUUUUUAGCUACUGCGAAAGCCAUAAUUGAUGUGAGUGAUAGAAAGUUAAUUUUGAGAGUAAGGGAUGAAAAAGUCACUUUCAAAAUUUCUGAAGUAAUGAAAAAGUCCUUAAAACAUGAUGAUUCUUGUUUCUUCCUUAAUGUAAUUGAUGACUUUAUUUCUAAUUGUGCACAAGAAUUCUUGAUGUUGGACCCAUUGGAAAAGAGCUUAGUUCAUGAAGAAGGAAAAGAUGACAUGAGCAUGCUAACUCGAGAGUAG